UGACUGGGAUGUCAGGGGGGUCACAUGGUGCAGUCACAUGGCCGUGACGUCACCUCCUCCUUCAAACCACUCCGAUCUAGCAUCUUCCCCGGUGUCAUUUUGUGCUUGCCUUGGGCUGGAGGCCUCUUGUCGCCUUUGCUUCCCCGCCUCGUCCCAGCUGUGAGGUGAAUGUGUGCAGCCGGCGGGGCCACCAUGUCCAAACACGAGCAGAUCCUGGUCCUCGACCCGCCUCACGAGCUCAAAUUCAAAGGUAAAUUCACUGAUAUAUUGCAGGCUGUUUUUAUGUCUUUUUAUCGUAAUCCGUCUGAUAAGAAAGUAUGCUUCAAGGUGAAAACUACAGCUCCAAGGCGCUACUGUGUGAGGCCAAACAGUGGUCUUAUAGAUGCUGGAGCCACAGUAACAGUUUCAGUAAUGCUACAGCCUUUUGACUAUGAUCCAAAUGAAAAGAGUAAGCACAAGUUCAUGGUGCAGACAAUAUUUGCUCCACCAAAUAUUUCAGACAUGGAAGCUAUGUGGAAGGAAGCAAAACCUGAUGAUCUUAUGGAUUCUAAGUUAAAGUGUGUGUUUGACAUGCCACAUGAACAUGAAAAGCCGGUAAAACACGAGAUGCACAAGUCUGUGCCACAUGAAGCCACAAAACUGUUUGCUUGUCUGCCAUCAAAAGGUAGCUCUUCAAUGGAUGAUACUGAAACUAGGAAACUUGUGGAAGAAUGCAAGAAACUCCAGUCUGAGAUUAUAAAAAUGUCAGAUGAAAAUCAGCUGUUGAAAGAAGACAGAAGGAAGAGCAGAGGAAUUGUGAAAGAGCAGGGAAGCCCCAUCCCAUCCCUCGUUGUUGUUAUUGCAGCAAUUUUCAUUGGGUUCUUUUUAGGAAAGUUCAUCUUGUAAUUUAAAGCAUGAAGUGCUAUCACUUUUUUUUUUCGUUUUCUUCCUGGCCAGAAAGUUGUUUAGCUGCCAUGUCAUUUUAUGUACAGCAGCAUUUUGGCAUCACCGUUAACCGAUCUCAAUUCGAUAAACGGAAUAAAAAAAAAAAAAAAAAAA